AUGGAAUACCUUCUCUUGGUCUUCCUAUGGCCAUUAUUACUCCUUUCAGUUCCUAUUUCGGCAUCCCCAUAUCUACAAAAACGGUUGACCGUGGUCGAAAGCUCAUGUGCCGGAACACGUUUUGCCCAAGUGAAGGAUGCAAAUAGUAUCGCCCAGGAGAUAGGGAAGAUUGCCGAGUCCUACAUGAACAAGUUUAUUGGACAUUUAGAGGGUAAAGGGGGCCUCAGCCAGUUGGAGGUGGAGACUAUUGAGCAGGGCCUGAAAGAGUUAUACAAAAUCACCAAUUAUCAGUCGCCGCAGACGAAAGAGAUUGUGAAGAGAAUCAAAACGACGUGUGGUCAGAUUGCAAAAAUACAACCCGCGGAUAUUAGAAUCUUCUGCGACAGGAGGGGCUGGCUGGCAAAGGUCGAUGACAAAGGCCAGUCAUAUAAGGGUGAUGCGCUAGAAGCAGGCAAGCAGAUGUGGUGGGACUCGAUAUUUCACACCUGGACCCCGAUGAAGAAUGCGUUCUGUGCAGGAGUCCAUGCAUUCAAUACCCAUACCGCGAACACGAGAUCUCCUGACGAGCCUCGCGAUAUUAUCACGUUCUGUCCGGAUAUGUGGAGGGUCACGAAGGGCCAGUCUACGCCCCGCGAGAUAGCGUUGAACGCCCCGGGUUCCGUAGAAUACAAACUGUCAACAUUGAAGGACAGUGUGGCAGGGGCUCUCUUUCACGAAUUCACCCAUACUGAACAGGGUGGGAAAACGAUUGAUGUGAAAUGGACCGACCCACAGGGCAAGAAGUGGUACGCGGUGAAAUAUGACAUCUUAAAAAAGCUCAACACCCACCAAGCUUUGGAGAAUGCCGAAACUUAUGCCACGAUGGCUAUGGGUUUGUACCUCUUGCAUCAUGGCUUCAAAGUCUCGUGGAGCGAGGAUAGAGUCUGGCGCGCUGCAGGGUGUUAA